UUUUCAGUCGGUGUUUAGACGGGAAAGAAUAAAAAAAAUUGUUUACAAGGUUUAGUGUGUACCUGAGAAUAAAUAAAUAUGUCUGUUAAAAACAAUAAUAUGUGGGUGUUUGGCCUAGUUUUGUAUAUUGUUACAGUUGCCUUAAGUACUGCCCAAGUAACAGACCCUUACAACAAAUUAGCUGAUCAUUGGUUCAAUAAAUGUAACAACGAAACAAAACAAAAUCUGGCCUUCGACAAACUUUAUUCGAAUAGCGUCGAAUUCAAGAGGUACCUAAAAUACACCUUCAAGUUUAUCCCAGCAGAGAAGAAAAUAUUUUGUGAUAGAGAACGUGACAUUCUAAAAACCAGGAUGAAGGAACUAGCUAAAGACAUGAGACCUUGUCUGCCCCAAAAGGAAAAGUUUUUUGAACAAUUUAUAUAUGACAGCUUCAAGGAAGUCUUGCACUUUUUGUGUCAUAAUAACGGAGAACACAUCGAUGCUUUCUUUUCGGCCAGAUCCAGUGAUUGUCGAAACAGACUGUUCAACACAGAAAAUCCAAAUUUAGGAAAUUGUUUCUCUGGAAUAUUCAGACCUGCAUCAGGCCUUACUAAGAAAGAUUUGUGCGCUGAUUAUGGAGUAGUCAAAAAAUGUUUCGCUGAAGCCUUGGCACUGAACUGCCCAGCAGAUGGUGGCUUCAAAAAACUCAACGAAGACUUCUUUAGCUAUGCUAGUAAACCCUGCUCAGGCUGUGCUUUCUACCUCAACUCAUUGUUGUUGACUGUUUCAAUACUCGUGUCGUACAUAUUUAGUCGUAAAUAACUAAAGUUUUUUAAUUAGAAACUCUGCUAUAAUUUUUUUUUGUUGAUCUAUGGUACGAAAACUACAUAAACAUUAUAUAAUAAUUUGUAACGGUCUAUUUUAACGGAUUUUAGUAAUUGUGACGUUUGAUAAUCUGCUAUAGUUAUUGUACACUGAAUAAUGUUCACAAAUGUCUCAAAUUUGCUACCAAAUCAAUUGCAAAAUAUAUCCCCAAUUUCAUUUAUCUAAGCAGAUUCCAAUGGCCUUUGUUUAAUAUAAUAUCUAGAACAUGUUUAUAAGUACCAAAAGUAUCAGUAACAAAUUCAUUGGUAACAAUUCAAUUGCAAUAAACAGAGCAAACAAAGGUUGAGUAAUUCUAUAUUUUUUCUGGUAAUAGUGAGAUAUUAAAUAAUCCUAAAAAGAUUGGAGUAUGCUGAAAAUAAAAGAAAAUAUUGAAUCUCUAAUAGAAAAUAUGAAGCAUUGUUAUAGUUUACAUAAUAAACAUACAUGCAAAUUUAAAGGAACACAGAUAUAAGAUAUAUUUUAUAUUUUUUGGCCCAUUUUCUGCCUUUUUAUCAUACUCUGACAUAUUCUACAGUUCCUCUACAACUUAUAACAUUGCGAUGGAUCGUUGAUUUCGAUUUAACAAACAUGGCAACAUCAGUGUAGAGUAGACCACUUUAGGUUUAUAGGUUUUAGGUUUUUAGGACCACAUUUUAGGUAAUUAUAAACAAAAUAAAAACAAAUUAAAACAGAAAUUAAACAAUAAUAGUAGAAUUUCAUGGCAGUCUUGAUUUACACUACACAGACUGCUAUUAAAAGAUAUUCCAAUCAUUUCGUAAAAUUCAACUCUGUUCCUUUAAAUAUACCGGUAUGUGUAGUUAAAACUUUGUCUCAUAAUAUUUUAUCUUUCAUAAUGAUAUACUUCAAAUAUUAAUACUUAUACCAUUAACUUAAAUUAUAUAAAAUUAGGGCUCGAAAAACUGUACUACCUCUAUGAAAUAAAAGUUGGAAAUAAACUC